GGGGAGCUGGUGGUUCCGGGGGCGGACCAGGCCAGGCCGGGCCGGGAGAGGAGAGACUUGUUUACACAGACUGCCGAGCGCCUGGGGAAUAAUGCGGAAAGGAAGUGAUCCGGAGCUCUUGUCUGCCUGAUCCAGCUUCCUGCUUGGGAGGAUCUGGUUACGGCAGCAGCACCACUCCAGCAUGGGAAGGGGAGGCACCGCACCUCGCUGAGCCGAGCCGAGCCGAGCCGAGCCGAGCCGAGGGCAGGGCAGCGAAGCCCGCCGGCCGGCCGUCCGGUAGAAAUGGAAAAUCAAGAGAGGCUUAGCACGAGGAGUUGACUGGCAUUUUCCCAUUUUACUGCUGUUCCACAAAAGUCCAAAUCCAGCCUGAUGUCACUCUUUGGUUCGUAGUUCUAGAAGCCAGCAAGGCUGAAGCAUAAACUACAAGACUGAGGGACUUCCGCAGCAUCCGAGGUAUGGAGAGUGCCAUCACACUCUGGCAGUUCCUGCUGCAGUUACUGCUGGACCAGAAGCACGAGCACCUCAUCUGCUGGACGUCCAAUGAUGGGGAAUUCAAACUCCUCAAGGCCGAGGAGGUGGCUAAACUCUGGGGUCUGAGGAAGAACAAAACCAACAUGAAUUACGAUAAACUGAGCCGUGCACUCCGAUAUUAUUAUGAUAAGAAUAUUAUUAAGAAGGUGAUUGGACAGAAAUUUGUUUACAAAUUUGUCUCGUUUCCGGACAUUUUAAAGAUGGAUUCCCUGGCUGCAGAUUCCAGUCGGGAACACAUUUUGCUCAGGGACAGUGAGGCCCCGUCCAUUGCCGAGGGUGGGAAGCACCAACAAGUGACGUUAUCCAGCAGCAGAAGUCCCAGUCGUAAUGACUACAUCCACUCUGGGUUGUAUACAUCUUUCACUAUAAACUCUCUGCAGAAGCGGUCAGACUUUUUCAAGUCCAUCAAGAUGGAAAAGCCUGAGGACCGGAUGGCAAGGAAGUCGACACCGGAGGAGGUCCGGACUGUCAUCCGGUUCAUAACCAAUAAGAGUGAGAGACCAGCUGCUGUACCAGUUGUCUCAGCAGCACCCGCCCAGUCUCCUCCUCCAGAAGCCAUGGCUGCAUCAACCUUCUUCACGUCUGCCUCCUCCAAAGCAUCGUCACCUUUAGCAUUGCUUCAUUCGGCCACUGCGUCGUCGUCCUCAACCUCAGCCGCCUCCUCGGGAUGCCGGGAGGCUCCCAUUAUUGAACUCGAUGUCAGUGAUUCUGAACAGUCAGUUCAACCCCUGAACCUCUCAUCAGGCCCAAAGACCAAAUCCCCUUGUCCCACUGACCAGAAACACCCCCAGCUUCCAAAGACUAAGAAGCCCAAAGGCCUGGAGAUUUCGGCUCCUUCUUUAGUCAUAACUAACACCGAUGUCAGCUCGAUUGCCCUCAACAGCCCAGCACUUCCGUCAGGGUCUCUCACUCCUUUUUUUACUGCACAGACACCGAGUGGGAUUCUGUUGACACCGAGCCCCCUACUCUCCAGCAUUCACUUCUGGAGUACACUAAGUCCAGUCGCCCCCUUGAGUCCUGCCAGAUUACAGGGGCCAGGCUCCCUAUUUCAGUUUCCAAGCUUGGUAAAUGGACAUGUGCCGAUUCCCAUGCCCAGUUUGGACGGAGUUUCUCCCUUGCUGCUUUCAUCAAACGCUCAGAAAUCAUGAUACUGCCUUAAUGAAGGAACAAAAGGGACCAAUAAAUACCAAAACGUAGAGCAAUAUUCAGCUAUUAUUUGUAUCAGUGAUGUUGCAUCACUGGUAUGAAUUUGUCAAUCAUAUUAUGAAGUAUAGAUUAAAUGCCUUUUACAUGUUUUGAUUAGUUUUGUUCCCAGUGUUUUAUAAUGAAGUUGGCAAUAAAUAUAUAACCUUUUCCUGUACUUUGCGUUUUAUGCACCGUGCUUUUAAUGAAUGUUAACCAGCUGUGCCUAUGCUUAGUAUGUGUAACUUGUAAAUGAACAGUAAACCUGUUGUAAUGGCAAGUUAUUAGCAUUAUUAAAUAAUUGAAACUUUGUAUCAGUUUUCAAUUAUUGGUUAUUAAAGGACGAUACUAUGUAUUAGCAAAACAGAUUAAUGUUAUUUUCAGUGUAAGUUUUUUAAAAGAGAAAACUUUUCAGUUUGUUUUAUAUAUGGGUUUGCCUUGUCUCUGUAUUUUGGCUACAGGUUUGUA